UCAGCCCACCAGCCUGUGUCACGCUCAGCCUCUCUCACCUCACCUGCAAUCUCUCACUCCUCGCGCAAGGGUGGCACAGGCGGCGCCCGGCGGCCGGCCUCCCUCCGCCCGCGUCUCGCACUCCGGGGUCUUCAAUCUCCAACGCACCGGCUCGUUCCCCGUCCGGCUCCCGGCUCUAGGAUAAGGCAUUGCAAGAAGAAUCCAUGGCAUGGGGAGGUCUCUUCUUGAGCUUGGGUCGCCCCUCACAGGAGCAGCAAAAGUCGUGCCUUGCAGCUGCUGGUGACUUCAACUACGACACAGCUCUCCGUGGUGCCUCACGCCCAAAACCAGCAGCUACCUUAACCUCUGGAGCUGCUGAAACAAGCGACAAAGCACUCGUCGAGCGGGGCUUCUUUGUGAACCGCUCGCAUGUAUUGAUCGGCUCUGGUGCUGAUACAUUCCUCCACGCCAAAUCUGCCCUUCUCUCGUGGAGGCACGUAGCACUAGGUUGGGCUAAUGUUGAACCGGAGACGCAGGUGAAGGUCGGAACGAGGUUCUGCAUCUGUUACAAGGAGCUGAUCCCCUGGGUGAUGCUGCCGCUCCAGGUUGCCUAUGUGACCGAUGGCAAUGGCAACUCCAAUGGCCGGUCCAAGGGGGGCAUGUUUGCGUUCGGCAGCGGCACCCUGCGAGGCCACCUGCUGGCUGGGGAGGAGAGGUUUUCGGUGCAGCUGGACGAAGAAGAUCGCGUGUGGUACGAGGUGUUCUCCUUCUCCAAGCCGGCUCACAUCCUGUCAACUCUGUGCUACCCGUAUGUGCAGCUGAGGCAGAAGCACUUCGCGCAGCAGUCAGGGCAGGCGCUCCUGAAACAUGUGGCUACUGCUCAAGCAAACCACCACUAGGUCGCAGCGCAGUAACAGUCUUUGUAGAGAGAGGGGGGGGGGGGGGAAUAUGCUGCUUUGGUGCCGUAACUUGUACAUGUCCCUUCCUGCACUGCACAUAUAAAUUGUUGGUCAAGCAGCUAAGGCCAUCUUUAGCGGACUCUAAAAUUUUAUUCCUUGUAAUACUAUUACAGUAUUCACUAAUACUAUUAUAGUAUCCUCUAUUUUUUUUAUCUCCA